CAUAUCCUACUUACUCAUUCACUCCCACAACUUCCAAACUUCCAACUUCCACCAACAUCCAACAACACCAAAACAACAUCAUAUGUAUUACAACAUCCCAGCAACAUCAACAUCCCAGCAACAUCAACAUCAACAUCAACAACAUUACAUUACACUACACUCAUACUUCCAUGGUACGAUUACUCAGAUUGU